AUUGCUUUGUUUUUUUCCAGCAGGGUUGUUGGAUCCUCUGGGUUCUCCAGUUUCCUUCCAAAAACAUACCAUCAGGUGGACCGGCUAUGCUAAAUGGUGUGAACGUGAGCGUGAAAGGUGCGCUGAGGUGGAUUGGCGUCCCAUCCCGUAUCUAUUUUCCCACCUCACGCCCAGCGUUCCCAGGAUACACCCCGGAUCCACCACGACCCCGGGCAGGAGAACGCAGUUACAGAAAGAGAGUCUGUUCAUAACACAGUUAUUGAGAAUGGUUUAUAAUCGCAGUUGUCACCAAUGGAUGUUGGCCAUUUAGUGCCAUUUCCUGUCAGGGAGUUUUUUCCCUCAACACCUCACCACCAGAUCUAAACCUACAUCCGGAUUUCUGUAAAGCUGCUUUUGUGGCAGAUAAAACUGGAUGGAAUGGAACUUUUAUUAUCUCGCAUGGUUCAUGUAGGAGGUUCAAACGAUGCAGAGACGCUUACAGGGUGUGUUUAAAGCUGUGAGGUAAACUUAGCUUAGCUCUGCUUACACCGCACCUUUAAUACAAGUCGCGGGAACGCGCAGAGGCGCGCGGGGGCGAGCCUGACUUAAUAGGGUGCUUCUCGAGUGAACGAAACCGCUGGAGAGAGAGAGAGAGAGACGGAUAGAAGGAGAGAGAGAAGGGGGAAACGAGUCAAACUGCAAUCAGUGUUCCGGUUUUGUGCUGAUUGAGGUUCACAGUAAGAUGAAAGUCAGAGCUCAUGUUUAAAACCCUCGCGUUUUGGAGCAGCAACAGAACCGAGCUUCAGUCAGGGAGAUUACUCGGCCGCAGGCUGGACGUCUGGAUGAAAGAACCCUGGCGCAUGGGAGAUGAUUGGACGUGUCCCGAGUUGCUGCGUGUCCUUGUUGUGGUGUCAUGAGACGAGGGAUGCCUCUGAGAGAAUCGCCCUUCCCUAAUGGCUUCGUCGGGGCUCUUCACGCCCUGGGAUGGGGCCUCAUCUUCCCCUGCUUCUGGUUCCUGGACCGACUCAUCGCCGCGUGUGUGUCCACGACGCUGGAGCGCAGGCGGAGACGGGAGCAAGAGUGCUACCUCUACCCGCUCGAGGUUUUUUUUGGCUCGCUGCUCUUCCUCUUCCUUUUCCUCAUCUCGGCGCCGUUCGCUUUGCUGGGUUUCCUGCUGUGGGCGCCACUCCAGUUCGCACGCCGUCCCUUCUCCUAUAUGAAGCGGGACGUGACGAUUAAGAUGCAGGACCGUAACGCUGGAUGGGAGGAGUCUGGAAAGGUGACAUUUGGGUUUUUAAGUGGUAAUCUGUGCCUCCUGCCCGGGGGUCUGGCGCGAUUUAAUAACCUGGCUCACACGCAGCAGCGGGCGCUCUCCAUCGGGCGCAACAUCGUGCAGGGCGUGAGCCGGCCGCAUAUCCGUAUUUUCGUCGACUCGCCAAGUAGCUGCGCGGCCUUGAGCCCGUCCUCCAGCCUCCUGAACGCAGGCUCCGCCCCCUACGGCACCACGAAUGCUCAUCCUGCGACAUCAGAACAGAAUGGGGACGUUUCUAAAAAUUCAGCGCCAAUCACAGAAGAACAGGCCGUGGACGGCGAUAAAGAAAUCCUCCAAACGUCCAGCGGAGGCGCCGUAGCAAGCAAUCACACACACGAACUCCAGGUGAACGGAAGCCACGUGAAGCCUUCGCGAGCGUCACACACACCUGUGGAGGUGUCGGCUCUGUUUCCAGCCAGCGUGGACAUCCUGUGCCUGCAGGAAGUGUUCGAUAAGAGGGCGGCGGCCAAGCUGGCUGAGAUUUUGUCUCCGCUCUUUGGUCACAUCCUGUACGACGUAGGCGUGUACGCCUGCAGCUCCGGCUCCUGCUUUAAGUUCUUCAACAGCGGCUUGCUGGUGGCCAGUCGCUACCCGGUGAUGGAGGCGCAGUACCGCUGCUUCCCCAACAGCCGAGGAGAGGACGCUCUCGCCGCUAAGGGCCUGCUCUCUCUCAAGGUACAAACCGGAUUACAGAAGGGAGAGAAGAACAUGGUGGGGUUUGUUAACUGCACUCAUCUUCACGCUCCAGUAGGAGAUGGAGAGAUCCGAUGUGAGCAGCUGGAGAUGAUCACCCAGUGGAUCAGCGAGUUCCAGACCACAACCAGGCAGCAGGACGAGGUGGUGGUGUUCGACGUGCUCUGUGGAGACUUCAACUUCGACAACUGCUCUCCGGACGACGAUCUGGAGCAGAAACACACUCUGUUUAACGACUACAUGGAUCCGUGCAGAGCAGCAGUGGGCCGAGAGAAACCCUGGGCUAUAGGCACUCUGUUACAGCAGCCUACCUUAUACGAUGAGGACGUAAACACUCCAGAUAACCUGCAGAGGACUCUGGAAAAUGAAGAGUUGCGUAAGCUGUACCUGGCGCCCCCCGUACCCCGCGGUGACACCCCUCUCGUGUACCCCGAGCCCGGGGAGGCCUGGGUGGGCCGCCGUAUCGACUACCUCCUGUACAGAGAGAGCAAUCUGACUGAGCGCUGCCACACGGAGGUCGAGGAGUUUACCUACGUGACCCAGCUGGCGACUUUAACGGAUCACAUCCCCGUCAGCAUGAGACUCGCCGUCACGCUCGACUCCUCAGGCUCAUGAGCUGGAACACACGUCACUCUCUCACUCUCACACACACACACACACACACACCCCCACACACACACAGAGCUUCAGACAGGACAGGAGAGUAGAAUAAACUGCAGCUGAACCUGUGCUGUACCGGUGUUUUAUAUAUCAGGAGAUAAAUCCUGAUUUUAUCACACUGUUUUAUCAGGGUGAAAGUUCUCACACUUCUGAUGUAAUGAAGACACUUUUUAAUUAAGACACUUUUCUUUGCUUUUUUAAAAAAUAAUAAUAAUCGAAUGAAAUGAAAUGAAAUGUAAAUUUUGCACUCCCACAGUGUGGAUUGUAUUAAAGUCGUUACCUCGUGCAUGGUUUAGGAUCCACUGAGAGACUCCGACCUCACCGGCAAUAAACAUCCUCCUUUUAUUACUUAGGUUUUGUUUUUCUAUUCUCUCUCUCUCUCUCUCUCUCACACACACACACACACACACACACACACACACACAGAUGAUUCAUGUAAUCUAUUUUAAUAAAAAGUGACACUAUUCAAACUGAUGAUUUAGUUUCUAUUUCGAGUCAUUUGUUCAUUUUUAAACAAAGUGUUCAAUGAGGAUCAGAUGUACAAAGACCUAAAACAAGAAAGAAAAGUAUGCAAUUUUGAGCAAAGAUUCUUUUCUUUAAAAAAAAAUAAAAAAAUGCUAUUAUAAAAGCUCUGA